UGGGCCAGCUCAGUCUUGAGAGUAUUUCGCAGGCAUCGGUCACGAUGCGGUUUAGUACUGCACUCUUCAGCACUAGCUGCGUACUGUUGGGUUUUGCUCAGCUCUCACUGGGCCAACUCAACGCCUGUGGUCGACCGAUCGAUCCUUUACCUACGUUAGUUUGCACGGGAUGCAACACGGUCAAGAUAUGCAUUGGUCCAACAAGCGCUACAGAAGGAUUAUGCGUUGGUGGUCCGUACUGUCACCAGAACGGCAAUGCAGUAGACUGCACCGAUGAAGCUCCUCCCGGAUGUGAACCGGACAUCAUUACAGAGCCUCCUCCACCGGAACCGGAAGGUGAAGAUGGCGAUCCAGAAGAGGGUUCCAUCCUGUGCACCGGAGUUGGCAUCUUCCCGGAUCCAACCGACUGCAACGUCUACCACUACUGUCCAGCCCGGAACCGGUUCUCGUGGGUCCAGGUGUGUCCACCGGACUAUGCCUUUGCGUACACAUCCCCGGCGGCCUCGGACCGGUUCCCUUGUAAGCAGAUCAAGACGGAAGCGAAGGAUUGCGUCAAGAUAUCCUGCUCCUCCAGCGGUGACACCCUGAAGUCGUACGGAACCAGCAAGAUCUUCUACGGGCUUUGCUCCGGCGAAGGUCGAGUGGCGAUGGUAAAGUGCAGUGAAGGUGCCACGUUCAACGGGACGGAGUGCGUGUUCAAAUGUGCUAAGGAGGGACUGUACCCGAACACGGUGGACCCGAAACAGUACUAUCAGUGCUACUUUGCGGGGAAAACACUCGUGGUUCGGGCGAAGAGCUGCCCAGAGGGAAGGACCUUUGAUACGAGUCUGAUGGUGUGUACUUGAAAAAAUGGAAAAUAAAAUAAAAAGAUGUUUCCAACGUUACUGAAAAUAAAUCGAGUUAAAACCCUGUCAAAUUAUUUACUUUGAAAACAAUUUAGAAUCUGA